GACAACAAGUCUGAUGUGAAGUCCAUCAUGGCUCGCUUCAACGCGGGGGGAAAUGCCACAGAGGGUAUCUCUACAGAACGUCCAAAACCUGCAGUGCACCCCACCCUGUCCUCUGGACCCCCUAUCCAGCCUAAGAAACCUGCCCUGGAGAUCAGCCUCUCAGGCAGCGCAGCCUCCACCGCGCCCAAACCCAAAUUCCUCAAGAGCACCAUCUCCACCUUGAGUGCUCCAGAAGUCAGGGACUUGCACAGAAUCAAAGCGAUCCCUAGUAAGUUUGGAAACGCCCAAGAGGACAGCAAACCCUCCGUUGUCAAACAGUACCCCGUUAAACUCAAACCACCUGGCCCAGAGAUAUCCCAGGACGCUGAGGUCAAAAGCCCUCCGCCCAAACUCCCUCUCCAGAAGCCCUCUCUGAGCUUGACCCUGUCUGACGCCAAGCCUGCCUUCCCCAAACCUCCGCUGGGUGUGGCCAAACCCUCCUGGGUCAAAGACAGCAGCCCCAAACCCGACGAUAGUGGGGGUACCCCGAACUCCAUCCCACCCAAAAUACCCCCUUCCAAAAAAAACAUUAGCUCCAUUGUAAAGAUGCGUCCACAGACAGAGGAUAAUGUGGCUGGAGCAGUGGAUUCUACAAUCAAACCGUUCGGAGGAGCUUCUACCCUCAAACCCUCCAACUUCAGGACUGCACAGAAUGUGUUCAAUAGAGGAGAAACCCUAUCUGAGAAUGGGGUAAAGGAAAUAGCCAAACUUCCCCUCACUUCCAGCGACUCUUGUCUUACUAAACCUAUAGACAGUAGGAAACCCAGCUUUAUUAAGAAGCCGCUGGGUCCCACCUCCCCGGUCGUGGGGGUGAGCAACAGUAGCCCGUCCACACCCAAAAGGAACCCCCUGCCCAAUAUCCUGGCAUUGGGGACUGCCCCAGUCAAACCCAACAGGCCUCCUACGGUCAACUUGGAAAAGUUCAAGAAGGGCACAGAGGCUAGUGCCGAUAGUAAGUGUUCUGUCUUUAAUGUAACUAAUGAGUCACAUAAGGUCAAAUCUAUCAGCUGCUAAGAUGCUUCUGCUGUGGUUUUCUAAACAUGCUCCAGUUGUUCAGACUCACAGUCUUGCACACAGACCAGAGUGGUUUAUGUGGUUGUAUGCUCCACUGAUCAGAACCCCCAGAGACAGGUAGUAGAGAGCACACACACACACACAUACACACACACACACACACACACACACACACACACACACAGCUUUAUAGAAGCUCCAUUACAUAAAGAAUAAGUGAAGUUAAACACGCAGCUGCACUGUAAUUUAACAUCAAAAUGUAAAACCAAAGAUGCAGGAUUGCAUGGUUCCUCUAAUUAAGUUCCCUCUCUAGUUUCAAUUUUUUCCUCCUCCUUUCUACAGCUGAUGUGUGCUCCCUUACUGGGAAGUUCCUCUUUAAACAGGCACAUAUUCAAGUGAAAGGUUCCACAUGUGAAUAUGGUUUUGACUAAAGAUAGAUUUCAGCCUGGUUUGCAUGCAUUACUGUUAGUCAGCAGAGAGAACAAUCCAAUGUGAAUUCCACACUCCUCCUGGUGAGAAUGUAGGCCAAAGCUGUUACAGACACUAUCUAUGGAUUUGACUAAUGAUUGUUGUCUACAUGCAGGAUGAAAUUCAACAUAUUCAGUCAUUGGUAUCCAAGGGUACAAGGGAUUUUAUCUCAAACUCUGCCAUUCUCCCUUUCAACUACAGAAUAACGUCCAUAGAACAAGCUGGACUGAGGCCUUAUUCAAUUACUAUAUGCAGCUGAUUUGAAAAUGAAAAUGUGCAUGCAAUUUCCUUCUUCACUGUAUGUGUGAGGAGGUAAUCUAAAGGCCUGUAUUGUCUCCCCUGAAGGUCCUGCUGGGUUAAGGAAGGGAUCUGUUCCCCCACCCCCUGCCUCUCACCCCAGUAACCAUAUGGCCCCACCCCUGCCCUCUCACCCCAUGGCCCCUAGCCUGCCCCCGCGACCACCAGAAGCCAUGUGAGUAUCGGACUCUGAUAAUCAGAGGACUGUCGUGUGAAAAACUGCCAAUAUUAGAGAAUACCACUACUGGCAUUGAAGUACAUACAUAAGUAAAAACACAUAGGCCUGUAGAGACACUGUACUUGCUUCAGAGCAUAGAAACAGCACACUAUCCCGUUCACAAAACCCAGUGUUUUGUUUAUACCCUACUAUUCAUUAUUUCCUUCAGUAACUUUCAAAGUAGAAUACCACUGGGCACACACUGGUUGAAUCAACGUUGUUUCCACAUAAUUUCAAUGAAAUUACAUUGAACCAACAUGGAAUCGAUGUUGAAUUGACGUCUGUGCCCAGUGGGAUACUUGUACACUGACCUUACUUUCAUUGUGAUGUGGUGGGUCAUUUUGGCCAGUUGACUGACUUUGUGUCUCUGCCUCCAGAAUCCAACCUGACCCAGAUGAGAACUAUGAUGAUGUGGGGUUAAUGAACAACCCUCCACCCCCUCCCUCUGGAGGACAUCCUAGUCAAAUGACUAAGGUGAAUGUUUUAUAAUUUUUUAUUUGUCCAAUUUAGGCCUAUGUAUUUGAUAAAAUACCACCGUACAGGCUUACAGUAUUCUGACUGCAUCUUUUUCAUCCAAUAGGACAGUGAAAGUGAUGAAGAAAUGUAUGAAGAUCUUGAUGAAAGAUGGUGAGAAAGAUUGCCUCCAUUUUCUAUUCAACUUUUUCUAUUGUACCAAUCUGUGAAAUGUGGAACAGGUUUUAGACAUAGAGAUAGAGGACUCUAUAGUGCCCAAAAGCUGUUGAGAUGUCUGAGACCAAGUCUACGGUUUUGAUGAACACUGCCCUCUAGUGAGCAUUAACACCACUGACACUUAUUUCUAAUCAGGGGGACAGUGGAAUCAAAGGAGCAAGAGAAGAAGAGAGAGAGGGAGGAGAAAAAACGACAGGAGGUGGAAAAGAAAGAACAAAAAGAACGUGAGAGGAAAGAACAAGAGGCCAGAAAGAAAUUCAAAGUAAGUGUUUGCAAAAGCCUGUUGGUCAGUAGUUCCCCUAGAUCUUGCUGUAUUUACAUUUACAUUUUACAUUUUAGUCAUUUAGCAGACGCUCUUAUCCAGAGCGACUUACAGUUAGUGCAUACAUUAUUUUUAAAUUUAUUUUUCAUAUUCGUAUUGUAGGUAUCAUGGAGUCCAUCCGGUAUAAUAUUUGUGAAGUGAAUGUGUUUACGCUGCAUCUUCUAUCAUGUAUUUAUGUUUCCUUAUGUGGCAGCUGACUGGUCCACUGGAGGUCAUCCACAGGGUCCAGGCCAGAGUGGACAGUAAAGGGAGUAAGACGGACCUGGGGCUGAAGCAGGGAGAGUCUAUUGAGAUCAUGCGUGUUUUGGACAACCCAGAGGGACGCUGGCUAGGGAGGUCACAGGACGGCUCCUGUAAGUGGCAACCCUGUCUCCUCCACCUCCUCCUCCGCCUCCUCCUGUUCCUCCUGUUCCUCCUGCUCCUCCUCCUCCUCCUCCUGCUCCUCCUCACCUGCUCCUCCUCCUCCUCCUUCUGCUCUGCCUCCUCCUCCUCCUCCUGCUCCUCCUCCACCUGCUCCACCUGCUCCUCCUCCUGCUCCUCCUCCUCCUCCUUCUGCUCUUCCUGCUCCUCCUCCUGCUCCUCCUCCUCCUCCUCCUGCUCCUGCUCCUCCUCCUCCUCCUGCUCCUCCUCCUCCUGCUCCACCUGCUCCUCCUCCUCCUCCUCCUCCUGCUUCUCCUCCUCCUCCUCCCCCUACUCUUCCUGCUCCUCCUCCUCCUCCUCCUCUACUACCUCCUCCUCCUGCUCCUGCUCCUGCUCCUGCUCCUGCUCCUGCUCCUGCUCCUGCUCCUGCUCCUGCUCCUGCUCCUGCUCCUGCUCCUCCUCCUCCUCCUCCUCCUCCUCCUGCUCCUCCUCCUCCUCCUGGUCCUCCUCCUCCUCCUCCUCCUCCUCCUCUACUCCAUCUCGCACCUAUUACAGAGUACUUUUCUCCCUCACAUCCUUUUGACUGUUCUUCAUGUGUAAGACUCUAACAUGUGCUCCGUAUAUUUGCAGAUGGCUAUGUGAAGACUGAGUCGGUUCAGAUUGACUUUGACACCCUGAAGCGUCAGGGCGUGUCUAUAUCCAGUCAUAUGGAACACGAACCGGAGGUAUACGAUGAUGUGGACUUUCGUAAUGACCUCAGCAGGUAAAAUGUCUCUCGAACCCGCUGACACUUUAAAAAAAACAUUUGAGACAAAUAACCAUUGUAAAGAUAUGAAUACCUUAUUAUAAUAAUGCACUACAUGAAUAUCUUCCUGUCUUUUGUUUUGAUUGUGUAAUUAUGUGAUCCAAUGAAAUGAUGUCCUCCUCAUUCCAGUGGGAUCAAGGGUCCAGGAGGUAAGUUUCAAAAGACAAAAACGUAAUAUUGAAACUGAACAACACAAUAUGGCAAUGUGGUCACAAAUGACUUUAGUUCAAUCUAGAUUACAUAUUUAUCUUGAUCAUUCCUAGUGGUUCUUCCUCCACCUCCUGAGAAGGAUGGGGACAUAUAUGAUGAUCUUGACGAUUCAAGCUUCGACGUCAGGUGAGAAUAUCAUGCUGCACUAUGAUGGUGUAGAUUCAUUGGCGUACAUUCACCUGUGAGUGUAUACUUUCUAUGCAUGUGUCUGUGUGAGUGUAAGUAUGUGAAUAAGUGUGUAUGUGCAGCCCUAGCCCCUCGGACUCCAGAUCACCUCCUAAACCUCGCUCUUGGAUGUUUAAGGGCUUCGAGGAGUGGAGGAAAAGCCCAGGCAGCAAAAUUGAGUAAUACUAUAAGAUGGAUCAGGAAAAUACACUGUCAUUACCUCCUAACCCUAUAACCCCAAAUCACUAAUCAGGAGGAACAGAAGGGAUUCAUUACUUAAUUACUGAAUAAUUUAAUGAAAUCAUACUUAAUUCAUCAGUGCUUGACUUGGACUGAAAUAGGUGCUAGUACUCAUGUUGGGUAUCGGUACUGUUAAUAUUUACACUACCGUUCAAAAGUUUGUGGUCACUUAGAAAUGUCCUUGUUUUCGAAAGAGACUAGUUGAGUAUCUGGAGCGUCAGCAAUUGUGGGUUUGAUUACAGGAUCAAAAUGGCUAAAAACAAAUAACUUUCUACUAAAACUCGUCAGUCUAUUCUUGUUCUGAGAAAUGAAGGCUAUUCCAUGCGAGAAAUUGCCAAGAAACUGAAGAUCUCGUACAACGCUGUAUCUCAGACUGGCCAAUAAAAAGAAAAGAUUAAGAUGGGCAAAAGAAAACAGACACUGGACUUUUUCUUUGCAACUCUACCUAGGUCAGCAUCCCGGAGUCGCCUCUUCACUGUUAACGUUGAGACUGGUGUUUUGUGGGUAAUAUUUAAUGAAGCUGCCAGUUGAGGACCUGUGAGGCGUCUGUUUCUCAAACUAGACACGCUAAUGUAUUUGUCCUCUUGCUCAGUUGUGCACCGGGGCCUCCCACUCCUCCCUCUAUUCUGGUUAGAGCCAGUUUGCGCUGUUCUGUGAAGGGAGUAGUACACAGCGUUGUACGAGAUCUUCAGUUUCUUGGCAAUUUCUCGCAUGGAAUAGCCUUCAUUUCUCAGAACAAGAAUAGACUGACGAGUUUCAGAAUAAAGUUAUUUGUUUCUGGCCAUUUUGAGCCUGUAUUCGAACCCACAAUUGCUGAUGCUCCAGAUACUCAACUAGUCUCAAGAAGGCCAGUUUUAUUGCUUCUUUAAUCAGCACAACAGUUUUCAGCUGUGCUAACAUAAUUGCAAAAAGGUUUUCUAAUGAUCAAUUAGCCUUUUAAAAUGAUCAACUUGGAUUAGCAAACACAACGUGCCAUUGGAACACAGGACUGAUGGUUGCUGAUAAUGGGCCUCUGUACGCCUAUGUAGAUAUUCCAUUAAAAAUCAGCCAUUUCCAGCUACAAUAGCCAUUUACAACAUUAACAAUGUCUACACUGUAUUUCUGAUCGAUUUGAUGUUAUUUUAAUGGACAAAAAAUGCUUUUCUUUCGAAAACAAGGACAUUUCUAAGUGACCCCAAACUUUUGAACGGUAGUGUAGGUGCAGGAGCUCCACAAUACGUUUGAGCUAAUAUUCUAUAAGAGGAACAGGAGCUCAAGCAGUAGAAAGUUUGGGGUAACUGUACUUAGCUUCGGUGAGCUCCAGCCCAAGUCAAGCACUGUAAAUCAUUAGAUAAAAUACUGUUUUUGUACAUCCUUUAAUGAAUUAACAACCUUCUCCAUUUCAUUCUGUCUAUACAUCUACUGUAGAUGCACUUACUUACAAUGUUCUAUGUACAGGUGUGAAAAAAUCUUUCUAAUCAUAGUUCAAUUGGUGGUGAUUUGUUGACUUUUUUUGGGGGUAUUAUUGCUAGAUUCUCUAUAUUGAUUUGUGUCCUUUUGAUUACAAUGAACCCACAAUCAAUCAAAUCAAAUUAUACCAGACAUAACAUGGACUAAUAUUUUAAUUCAGUUUUUGUCAUUUUCAGAGUACCCCCACCUUCCCAGUUUGACCAGGCAGGAAAUACUGGUAACUUAAUAUGUUUAAUAUCCAGAAUGACUAUGUGUGCCUGUGUCGGUGGCAUUACAAAAACUGAAGAAUAGAAGUUUGAGAAGUACUGUUAACUUCACUUACAUUUCAAUGUGUUCUUGAUAUUCUUUCUCUGUAUCUCUUGUUGUUAUAGAACAAUCUUCUGAGGUCAGUGAUACAGAGAUUUAUGAUGAUGUUGAUGCCACUAACUUUCAUCCGCCUCCACCUAUCAGCAGGUAAUGACAGAGAGAUUUUUUCUGACCCAUGUUUAAACAAACUUGCUGUAAUUACAUAAGAAUGUCCUUAUCAGCCACUGGGAAACAUUUAGAAAAUGUCACGUUUUCCUCUCUUCAGUCUCUCACAAAGUAAAACCAAGGGUAAGGUUGAGGACAAAGAUCCUAAAAAGCUAAAGAAAUUUGAGAAGGAAGAGAAGGAAUUCAGAAAGAAGUUCAAGGUAAGUUGGCUAUUAUCACAAUUUACAUUUAUAAUUUGACAUUUUGUGUACAUUUGUUCGACCCUCAAACCUAACCUCUCAUACCUAUAGUAUGAUGGGGAGAUCCAGGUACUGUAUCAGGUGACCAUCGUUUCCACCUUGGCCAAUAAGAAGUGGAGCAGUAAAGAUCUGCCGUUGAGACCUGGGGAGACUCUGGAUGUCAUCGUUAAGCCUGUAGACAACAAACUAAUCUGCAGGAACGAGGAGGGAAAGUGUGAGUAACAAUGAUACAUAGGCAUUCUGCAAUAAAACUAAUCUGCAAGGGGGCUAACUUUAAUGAUCUCCCCCUAUCUCUCACUCCUUUAGUUGGCUACGUCUUGACCAGCCAUAUUGUAGUAGAGUAAGUACAACACAAAUACAGAUAAUACAAAAACACAUCCAUAAAUACACGUAAUAUACUGUAUAGUAUUUUAUUAACAGUUCACUAAACGGAACUGUUUUGCUUUUACAGAGAUGCUGAUAUCUAUGAUGACAUUGGCGAUGGUACGUUUCAGACUUUUGACAUGCAAUGGCAUUUAAUAAUGAAUAUCAUACAAGAUGCCAAAUCAGAAGCUCAAGUGAUCAACGCUAUCAAUUUAAUUCUUGCAAUAUGGUGCUGAUAUGUUUUCAUGUCGGAGGAAAUGUUUUCACAUAUUUCAGUCAUUUCUAUUAAUAGUUGUCAUUUCUUUGCAGAUUGUGUCUAUGACAACGACUGAACACUGUCUACAAAGUGAUGCCGAUAUUUGUAUUUUGGGGGUUUUCUUGUUUAUAUUAAUAAUCUUUAUCUAAUUUAUUGUGGUUAUUUUGAGGUGACGUGGUUUUCAUUCUAGAACAAUACAGUCCACAGACACUUCCUCCCUUAAUGAAUAAUUGUGACUUUGCAAUGAAUAGGCCUAAAUUACAUACAAUGUUAAGAUUUUAUAUUGAACCAUAUUUGAAUACUUAUAUUCCAUAUUCAACAAGAGACAUUACACGCUGAUUGAAAACAAAGGUUGAUGAUGAUACAUUUUCAUCAAAAAAAGUAUUUACCAUUUGAUGCCAAAUAUAGCAUGUCAGAUCAGUUGUCAUAUGGUUGGCUGGUUAUCACUUGACAGGUUAUGUCGUAUUGUAGGCCUACUGAAAGUCAGAGUCCAUUAGUGAUGUGCAGUUCGAAAACGAUUUGUUUUUUUUAACUACUCUUUUUACUGACUGAGUGACUCGUUCAUUUUAGUUGUUCGCUUGACCUGCUAGUGCUGGCAGCAAUGAAUCCUACCACUGAGCUAUAAUAGAGCCCCAAGGUGGAGGUGUCAUAAUACCCAUAUAACCCAACGGUCAAACAGAGAAAUGGUUCCAAUCGUUUUUCCACCAUUAAUUUUUCAACUUAGAAACACUUAAAAUAAGGGUGUG